AUUUUUAAGUUUAACAUUCUGGAAAACAGCACUGACAUUUUUACUAUUCAUUCAUUCAUUCAACAGGUAUUUUUAAAAUUCUAAUUUAAAUGCCAGGCACUACUUUAAGUAGUCCAGUAGUAACAAAAAAUACAUUCCUCCAGGGGUUCACAUUCUGAUGCAAUGUGUUAGUAAGCAGAAGGGAAAGUUUCAUUGUUAAUAGAAUUCUGCAGCAGUAUGCGUCUCUCCAACUUGGCACUUUUAAGGAAAUAUUUCCUCGAAAGCUGUGCUGUCCAGUUUGAGAGCCACUAGCCACAGGUGGCUACUGAGCACUUGAAAUGUGACUAGUUCAAGCUGAGAUGUGCUGUAAGUGUAAAAUACACACUAGAGUUCAAAGAAUUGUAAGAAAAAGCAUGUAAAAGUUCUAAUGAAUAGUUUUUAUUGGUUAUAUUUUGAAAUUAAAAUGUUUUUUUGCAUACAUGUGGAUUAAGUAAACUAUUAAUACAAGUAAUUUCUGUGGUUUCUUUUUACUUUUCUACUUUUCUUUUUUUUUUUCUUUUUUUUUCCAGACGAGGUCUUGCUCUGUUGCCCAGGCUGAAAUACAGUGGUGUGAUCAUACCUCACUGCAGACUUGAACUCCUGGGCUCAAACAAUCCUCUGGAGGCACAAACCAUCCAUGCCCAGCUAAUUUUUAAAAUAUAUUUGCGUAUAGAUGGGGUCUCACUAUGUUGCCCAGAUUAAUAGUGAACUCCUGGCCUCAAGUAAUCCUCCUGCCUUAGCCUCCCAAAGUGCUGGGAUUACAGGCAUAAGCCACUGUGCAUGGCCUUCUUUUUACUUUUUUUAAUGUGGCUUCUAGAAGUUUUAAAUUACAUAUGUGGCUUGUAUUUGUGCCUUGCAUUAUAUUUCUACUGGAUAGUUCUGCUCUAAGGAUUGCACUUACUUUCCAUAAAAUUAAGAUCUAAUUUCAUUAAGUCAACGUUCUUAUUAGAAAUGAUAUUACUUGAUCUUUUAAAAAUAAUGAAAGAAUGUACUCUGUUAACAUUGUAGUCCUGUUACUGAAAUUUGAAUACAGGUGUGAGGUUGCAGUAACCUAAUAAGACCAAAAUCAUUUGAUUUUUUUUUUUUCCCCAUGUCUCUCCUGUCUGAACUUCGGUGACUCUUCACAAAAUAGUACGGUAAGAAAAUUAUUUCCAUCCAUUUCAGGCUUUUGCAGACUUUCUGCAUUAACAGAGUUAUGGACAACAGACUUAGUGUCCUUUGCUUGUGAGAGCCUCUCUAGGUCGCCAUGGCUGGCAGGUUGCGAAGGGUGCCUACUGCACCCUGGCCUGUCCUAGGGAGCCUAGACAUGAGCUCUGUGAGAGCCAUGCUCCUGGGGCUGCUCCCUACUCCUGUUUUCAGAAACAAGCAUAUAAUUACUUCAUUGAUAACAGUCACAGUGGAGCCUGGCAACGAUGAAAGGAAACAGAGAAAGAAAAAGAGAAAGCAGGAAAAGAAAGGUGGGAUGAUUUUUUCCUGUAGGGUAGAGUUCAUUUCCAUGGCUUGAUUUCACGCAGGAAGUGGUGGUGUGCAAUUCUAUUGGAACUUUCUUUUCAGCACAAUUAAGAAUUAUAAUGAAGUAAAAUGUUUAAUCCAACAUAUGUUAAUUUCUUUUUGAAUUUUAAUAAAGUUCCUUAUUUUUCUCAAAAUUGCUGAAUAUCUGACAGAGCAUAAAUCAAUCAUAUUCUAAAAAAGGGAAGAGAGAACUAGAAUCAUGUACUAGAUAGAAAAGAUGCAUUAUAAACUUUCUAAGGUUAGAUAUUUUAGCAAACUAGUGUUAAAAUUGUCUUUACCUUUUGUGUUCUUCUUAAUAUAUUUUCAGUAUAGCUCAACAUUUACAGCCAUAAGUGUAUGUAUAGUUCUUAACUUGCAGAACUCUGUUUCCUAUAACCUAACACUCAUCACACUUAAACUUUUUAUUUUAGUUUUUUAUUUUUAUUUUUUGAGAAGGAGUCUUGCUCUGUUGCCCAGGCUAGAGUGCAGUGGUACGAUCUUGGCUGCAACCUCUGCCUCACGGGUUCAAGUGAUUCUCCUGUCUCAGCCUCCCAAGUAGCUGGGAUUACAGGUGUGAGUUACCACACCCAGCUAAUUUUUGUAUUUUUAGUAGAGAUGGGGUUUCACCAUAUUGGUCAGGCUGGUCUCGAACUCUUGACCUCAUGAUGCGCCUGCCUCAGCCUUCCAAAGUACUGGGAUUACAGGUGUGAGCCACCACGCCCAGCCCACACUUAAACUUUUAAUACCGUCACUUAGCCAGGAAUCUCCCAGGGCUACUUUAGGUUUAGAUUUAUUCCAUUGUCCAUUUCUGCUUUACCCUCACCUAUGAAAGAAGACACAUUCACAACUGGUGGUAGAGAAACUGGUUUAUAUGCCCCUCUUAGAAUAACUCUUCAGGCUUUGUCACAGCCCUGGGUUCAUGCAUGAUAAAGUAGACAGCAACACCACCAUAUAGUGCAGAGGAAUGGAAAGAGAGUAAACGGAAAAGGAGAUGAAAAUAGACCAAGUGGAGAAAGGCCUGGUCAAAACAAGAAGAAAAGAUAGAUCACUAUGGAAUAAUAGAGAGGUGAAAAAUGAAGUGACACCAAAUAACAGGACAGGUAGGAAAAGAAGUAGGUAAGGGAGAGAUAGAUACUCUCCCUUAAAAGAGUCUGGGGAAUAAGGAAAAAAGAAAACUGGCCAUAUCUCAUCUAAAUAUAAGAAAUUAAAGGUCAUUGUUAAUAGAAUUCUGCAGGAGUGCACUUCUCUCCAACUCGUCAUCUUGUCAUUUUUUUUUUUUUUUGGACAGAGUCUCACUCUGUUGCCCAGGCUGGAGUGCAGUGGUGCAAUCUCGGCUCACUGCAACCUCUACCUCCCAGGUUCAAGCAAUUCUCUGCCUCAGGCUCCCAAGUAGCUGGGAUUACAGGCACCUGCCACAACACCCAGCUAAUUUUUGUAUUUUUAGUAGACACAGGGCUUUAUCAUGUUGGCCAGGCUAGUCUUGAACUCCUGACCUCAUGAUCCACCCGCCUUGGCCUCCCAAAGUGCUGGGAUUACAGGUGUGAGCCACUGCAUCCAACCCAACUUGUCAUUUUCAAAGAAAUAUUUCCUCUAAAGUCGUGCUGUCCAAUUUGCAAGCCACUAGCCACCUCAUCUAAAUGUAAGAAAUUAAGUGAAAGUUGCAAUAGUGAGUAUCUUAGAUAAUAUCUAGUCUGAACGCAAGAGGACUAAUUAGCCAGCCCAGAAUCUCAAGAUUCUUUAAACCAAUUGUGCCUAAUUUACAGAGUUUAUAACUCACAUGUUAAACCCUGAAAUACUUAUCGUGAUGGCUAUAUGGGAACUUUGACCUUUUAUAGUUAUUUCAAUGACCUUGUGGCUUACAUGUUAAGUAACCAUUUUAAAAUACUCUAUUAUGCCAAAUCUAAUUCCCAUUUAUUUUUCCUAUAUUUCCCUUGGUUUACCACUUUUUAGGGAAUUUUUGUAUUUUAACCCCUCGUCAAUAAUAGAAGCAAAGUCUAGAAACGUAUUUAACAGUCUGAAUUUAACCUAAACAUUAUGAUAGGCAGAAGUCAAGCAAAGACUGUUUUUACUCUUUCGUGUUGGGAUAACUAAAAGGGGUGUUUAGCCAACAAGAUGUGGUUUCUUUCAGGUUUGGAAAUAUUAUUUCCAAAUUCUAAAUUAAUGAAACAAUUUUUCAUUUAAUGAACAAAAGCCACAAACCUUGUUUUAUUUCAGCCUCUAAAAUUGAUUGUGGCUGCUGUCAAACACAGACAACUUCACUUUGGUAUCCUUGAAUGAGUAUAGUUGUAGAAUGCAAAACUAUUGGUUCAUUUCUUUAAUAUUAAUGUAAGUUUUUGCUAUUAUGUCAAAAGUACUUUCCAAUCUUAAUUUCUUAGCGUCUGGGGUCCUGGGUAUUGAUUUCCAAGUUCUUUUAACUUAGAAUAGCUCAUAUGAGCUGAAAAACAAUUUAUUCUCUUAUUAAGCUUCUUUCUUCAGAAAAGUACCCAAUUUACGGUCUGCAUUUUAAGAAUUAUUAACAAAUAUCCUAAUGAAAAUUUGGGAAAAGGAGUGUGGAUAGAUUUAAACAUAAAAAUUAUAGAGAAUAGUUCUAACAGGGUUUGAAUUAUAGCAACAAUGAAUUGUGUAAGAAGUUAAUCUUAUUUUUAAAUUUUCUAAAUGGGACAAUCAGAGACGACUUGGUUGUAGUGUGGAAACCAGCAGGGACCUUGGGAAGCUGCCAAACCCUUUCUAGCUCUGGGCUCACCUGUAAGAACUGCUGAUUCCUAUGGGAACACUUGGACAAUCCAAUACCUGAAUGUUAACCAUCAAUUAACUCAGUAAACCUGCAAAAUGGAAACGAAGAUUUGUUUUCACGAGUUUCACAUGAUUAUUUAAACACUUCUGGGGCCCGGUAGCCAACUGGGGUCUUCCCAUUGCUGCCAUCAAUGACAUGAAAAAGUCUCCAGAGAUUAUCAGUGGGCGGAUGACAUUUGCCCUCUGUUGCUAUUCUUUGACAUUCAUGAGAUUUGCCUACAAGGUACAGCCUCGGAACUGGCUUCUGUUUGCAUGCCACGCAACAAAUGAAGUAGCCCAGCUCAUCCAGGGAGGACGGCUUAUCAAAUACGAGAUGACUAAAAAGGCAUCUGCAUAACAAUGGAAAAUGAAGAACAAGGUCUUGAAGGGACAGCAUUGCCAGCUGCUGCUGAGUCACAGAUUUCAUUAUAAAUAGCCUCACUAAGGAAAAUACACUGAAUGCUAUUUUUACUAACCAUUCUAUUUUUAUAGACAUAGCUGAGAGUCUCUAAACCAACUCUCUGCUGCCUUACAAGUAUGAAAUAUUUUACUUCUUUCCAUAAAGAGUAGCUCAAAAUAUGCAAUUAAUUUAAUAAUUUCUGACGAUGGUUUUUUCUGCAGUAAUAUGUAUAUUAUCUAUUAGAAUUUACUUAAUGAAAAACUGAAGAGAACAAAAUUUGUAACUACCAGCACUUAAGUACUCCUAAUUCUUGACAUUGUCUUUAAUGACCACAAGACAACCAACAGCUGGCCAUGUACCUAAAAUCUUGUCCCCACUGUUUAGAAACGUUAUCUGUGUAUUUCCAUGCAGUGUGUAUAUUGAGAUGCUGUAACUUAAUGGCAAUAAAUGAUUUAAAUAUUUGUUAAA